AUGUUUCAAUUUGAACUUAUUAUUGUAUUAUUAAUAGCCUUAAAUUCCAUAAAUACUUCCCAAUGUAACUCAAGUAGUCAUUUACGCAAACUUUCAAUUCAAGUUGGGGGUACAUCAUAUACAGAUGGAGGAUCAAUACCUUCCUUUAGACCAAUUUCCAAUUCAAACAUAUAUUCAGCACAAAAGCUUCCAUCAUCUUUUGGUAAAUCAAAGAAAAACCAACAAAGCACUGAUAAUCUUUCAAAUUUAAUUGAAAACAAUGGAAAUAUUAUUCAGAAAUCAAAAGAUUCAUUUCAAGACGUUCCAUUUUCAAUUACCCAUACUCUAAAGUUAAUUCUAGCAAAUAAAAUAAUUCAAAGUAACCCAAUUUUAUAUCCUUUUGAAAUUGAAUACAGUGAUAUAAGUUCUUGCCAAUGCAGAAUUGAUUUUGAAAAAAUUAAAAAAAAAUAUAUGGAAAAAAACAAUUCAAAGGAUUCAACUAAUAAAGAUGACUUAUACGAAUUUAUUUAUUAUUCAGAUUUCAACGUCCCUGAUUUACCACCAAACUGUUCAUGGUCAGAUUCUACCAGAGAAAUACUUGACAAAUUGUUUGGUAAUAAUCUUGUAAAUGAAACCAAUAAUAAUAUUAAUAUUAAUAACACAGAAAACUAUGCAUUCAAUAAUAAUUCAAUUUUUUCAAAUGAUUCAAAUUCUAAUAAUAACCUGGAAAAUUUGAAUCUUAACCCCCAACUCAAUAUGCAUGCAUUAAAAGAAUUUCAUGUGGACAAUUAUAAUGAAUCAGAAAAUAAAAAAAAUGAGUAUGAAGAAAGUAUAAGAAAUGAUGAUAAGAGUGAGAGUGAGAAUUUGAUUAAUAUAACUAACAGUUUAAAUGAAACACAAUUAUCAAAUUACACUAAAGAAAUUGUGGAUGAUGGUGUAUUGUUGGAAAAUGCACCUCCCACAUUAAGCAGUGUGGUGAUAACAUCUUUAAAUGGUUUAUUGCAAUGUAUUUAUAGAAUUCCAGUGGAUUUUACUCCUUGGAGGAAGUCAAAUCCAAAAUAUGAUCUUGAGAAAUUAUCAAAUAAUAGUGAUUAUUGGUUUAAUUAUACUGCAUUAAAUUCAGAUAUAUGGAAAGAAGUAGAUUUUAGUGGAAACCAUAGCAGAAUCAGGGAUGAUGAGAAUAUUAAUUUAAAAAACAAAACAAAAUUUUCAAUUGAAGGAUUUUGGGACUUGAUUAGUUUAAUACCUAAAAAGGUAUUAUCUAAUUUAAAUAUUAAGGAUGAGAAUACAUAUAAUCUCUGUAAAAAUGAAAGAGAUGAUCUAGAGUUGAUGCUAAUAGAUGAAUUAAUUAAGAACUUAAAUAUUUCAAGAGAAGAGUAUAUGUUACCUACAUUUUCAUUAUUAAAUAUUCAGCCAUACAAUUUAACAUAUUGUAGUAGACCAACAGGAGCAGAACUUGAUAUAAUUGGAAUUUGUCCAUCAAAUGGUUUGAAUUCAGUAUAUGAUUAUGAAACAAAAAGUUGUAUUUCAAUUACAUAUACAGAUUCUGUUGCAUUUUGUCCAUUAAAUUAUGUUCAUUCAAAGCUAUGGGGCUCACAUAGAGGUGGAGGCGGAUGCCAUGUUAAACAAAGAAAAUAUUUACCAUCAAUACCAAAAUGUGACCCUCCAUUUGUAUAUAAUAAACCAAGAGAAACCUGUGUAAUUGAAACUUUUGCACCUGGAUUUCCAGGAUGUGUUGAGGGAAGUGUAUACUAUGACUUACAAACAUGUAUUAUGGCUUAUCAAGUAAUGAAAGAAUAUGAAUGUCCAGAAGGAUACACAGCUGAUUUAGAGGUAGACUUUUUUAAAAAAGAUAUUUCUGAUGUUGAUUAUAGAAAGGAAAUAUUAAAUGAAGCAAGUGAAAACUUCAAAAAGUAUUAUCAUCCAAAUAUCCAAGAAGAUCCAAUAUUGACAAGGAAGGUGAACGAUUCAGAAUCAGGAAUACAAAGCAAAUCCAUCACAAGAAAAUUUCAAAACUUUAAAAAAAAAGUGAAAUGCUUUAAAAAAGAAAUAGAUGAAGUUAAGUAUAAUGGUAUUGGUGCUCCAUAUUGCCAAAAUAGUACAUUUAGUCUUAGAUAUGAUUAUAAUAACUCAUGGAUGUUUGAAAAAGGCCCAAGACCUUAUUGUAAAUAUCAGGAUAUUAUAAUGGUAGAUUACAAAUGCCCAAAAGGUACAAUUUCUUAUGAUUCUUAUAUUUCAAAUGGUAAUGAUCCUCCAAUAGUAUAUAGGCAGGAAUUUGUUAAUCCUUUUGAUACUUGUAUACAAAUAAUGAAAGUUCCAAUACAACCAAAAUGUACAACAAAAGAAGAAAUUCCGUUUAUAUCAUUAAGAGAACCAUUAAAUUAUUUUGAAAAAACUGGAAUUCAUAUUGUUACAAAGGAAGACAUAGAAAAUAUUGAUAAAGAAUCUUUGUAUAAUCCAAGUGAGGUAAUUGAUAAUUCACUACCCAACCCAGAUAGAUUGUUUCCCGAUUCUGUUGAGGAAAUGGAAUUGGAAAAUAUUGACAGUGACAUUUUAAAUGAAACAGAACUUAAUAUAGAGAAGAAUGAAACAAUUACUCCUUCGUUUGGAAAUACAAAAAAGGAUUUAAUAACAGAAUUUAUUGCUCUAAAUCAAUUUUCAAAAAUAGAACCUUCAAUUACGAGUAAUGAUUCAAAGAGUGAAAAUGGUGAAAAUGUCAUAGGGCGUAAACUAAUCGAGGAUUUUGAAAAAAUUAAUUUUAUUGAUGAAAAUCAUCAUAAAAAUAAGAAAUUACAAAUAGAACCAAUAAGUUUAUAUAAUGCAAUAAUUGGAAAAACUGAUUAUGUAAUUAAGAUUAUUUGUUUGAAGGUUGUUACUGCAAAACCGUAUUUAUCUUGUCCUGAAAAUACAGUUUUGGUACCAACAAACAUGUGUAAAAUGAAGGGUUAUACAGAUUUUACCAUUGAAUGUCCGAAAGGUUAUAAGUUGGAUGAAGAGGCUUUGUUACUUUUACCUCCCGAACAUUUUAAAAAAGCUCCUCCACGUUGUGUUUCAAAGCAGUCAGUUUUCACUCAUUACUAUUGCCCUCCAAAAUUCCCAGAAAAUGUAUUCAGACCUUUUGAGUAUAAUAUAACCAAAUUAUUUUCUUUAAUUAUUGAAAAAAUGGAAAAUAAAACUCAACCAGAAAAUAAUCAAACUGGUGAGAUAUAUCCAAAUAAUUCAACAUUAUUAAAUAAUCUCUAUGGUACAUCUAUAAAUAAUGGAAAUGAUACUACUAUAAAUGGUGAAACGGUUAAGUUUGGUAUAAAAAAUGAAGAUUUAAAUAUAAACGAUACUAUUGGAGAUGGCUCAGAUGCUAAUUUUGAUCAUUUCAAUACUAGUAAUUUUAAAAUCGAAAAUAUCGAAAGGUAUAAUAUUACUAAUACUAGAAUAUUUUCAAUGAAAUCAUUUGGAAGAACUGUGGUGCCAUCUUAUUCACAAAAAAUGUGUCAUGAAGUGGAAUUAAUUAAACCUUUAUGGACUAUGCCACUAUUACUAAGAAUAUUCUUAAAUAACAUUAAUUUAGAUAAUAGUUUUGAAAAGAAAAAUACUAAAUAA